GGAGUGUUGGUCGUCUACGCUGUCUUCCUUCCGAUUAUACGGACUUCAUACCUUCAUACUCCCAUGAACAAUUGCUUUGCAGCGCUUCGGAACGUAUAAUCAGACUGGAAGUGAUUCAGAAUGUCAGCUGGAGACACUCGUGGAAGCUUCCCAUACGCAUACAGUACAACUGGCCAAUCCGCUCAGUUUUACCUCGCGAUCAGCUCUAUAUCUGAGUCUCAUAUAUACCUUUCACACCCACCACCAUCUCUUCUUUGUUCCAACUUUUCUUUCUAACUCGAAACGUAUCUAAACCUGCUGUUCAAUACCUGUCUCGAGUCAAGGUAUCAUAGUCAUGUCAUUCGCACACUUCAACUUCACAUUAGCAGGGAACCCACUUGACCUCGAUAAGAUCAGAGGGAUCUUGACUCGUCUCGAGGAUACAAUUAUCUUUCAGCUGAUAGAACGUGCCCAGUUCGCUCACAACCCUAGGUUAUACCAGCGUGGUGCCUUUCAGGAGCUGAAAGAUCUGGGUUUCGAAGGGAGCAUGUUGGAAUGGUUCUUGAAGGAGACUGAGGGUUUCCAUGCAAAAGCUAGACGAUACACCAGUCCGGAUGAAUACCCCUUCACGCCCAUUGAGCAACUUCCACAACCUCUGCUCAAACCCAUUCAAUACCCCCAGGUGCUAUACCCAAACAAAGUAAACGCAAACCCAUCUAUCCUCUCUUUCUACGCGCGUUCCAUCGUCCCUCGUAUAACACGCCAAGCUACGUUGGCUCUCGCAACCUUGAAACGCGCGAAUGGGAUUGUGGGCGAUGAGGAAUACGAAGAUGAUGGCAAUUAUGGAAGUGCGGGUGUCAUUGAUAUGGAAGUUCUCCAAGCUAUCAGUAAACGUGUUCACUAUGGCAAAUUCGUAUCAGAGUCCAAAUUCCUAGACGAUCCCGCAGCGUUCGUCCCACAUAUAUUAAAGCCAAACCGAGACGCUCUUGCCGCGCUCAUCACAAAGCCGGAAGUGGAACGUAGGCUCCUGCAGAGACUUCGGAAGAAAGCUUUAGUCUACGCUCAGGAUUUUGCACCGGAUGGUGAACCUCGAGGAGACGAAGCGAAGAUCGACGUGGAUGGUGUAGUCGAGUUGUAUGAGAAUUACAUCAUUCCGUUGACAAAGGAAGUCGAGGUAGGUCGACUACCUGCUCGUUCGUCUCAAUGGGCUGUCACAGCAGGAGAUCGACGACCUGGCUGGCAAGAAACCUAGUGCAGCAGUGUAAGAUUGGAAGGAGAAACAAUAGAUCUAUGUAACCAGAGAUAGAUGUGACGCAUGAUGUAAUAUGUACUAGUUUC